UUGAGUCCACCAUGAACUGGACCGUCUUUGAGGGGCUCCUGAGUGGGGUCAACAAGUACUCCACAGCCUUUGGCCGCAUCUGGCUGUCUCUGGUCUUUGUCUUCCGUGUGCUUGUGUACCUGGUGACAGCUGAGCGCGUGUGGGGUGACGACCAGAAGGACUUUGACUGCAACACCAGGCAGCCCGGCUGUACCAACGUCUGCUACGAUGAGUUCUUCCCUGUGUCCCACGUGCGCCUCUGGGCCCUGCAGCUCAUCCUGGUCACGUGCCCCUCUCUGCUUGUGGUCAUGCAUGUGGCCUAUCGAAAGGCUCGAGAGAAGAAGUACCAGGAAAAAGUUGGCAAAGGAUCCCUUUACCCAGACCCCGGCAAGAAGCGGGGUGGACUCUGGUGGACAUAUGUCUUCAGCCUAUCGUUCAAAGCCACCAUAGAUAUUAUCUUCCUCUACGCCUUCCACGCAUUCUACCCCAAAUAUACCCUCCCUUCUAUGGUCAAGUGCCAUGCGGAGCCAUGUCCCAAUACAGUGGACUGCUUCAUCGCCAAGCCCUCCGAGAAGAACAUCUUCAUUGUCUUCAUGCUGGUCACGGCUGUCAUCUGCAUCCUGCUUAACCUUGUGGAGCUGAUCUACCUAGUGAUUAAGCGGUGUUCUGAGUGUGCGUCGCUGAGGAGACCACCCACUGCACUCGCAAAGAAUGAUCCAAACUGGGCCAACUCUUCCAGCAAAGAGAAGGACUUCCUCUCAAGCGACCUCAUCUUUCUGGGCUCCGACACUCACCCGCCCCUGUUACCAGACCGCCCUCGAACUCACGUGAAGAAAACCAUUCUGUGAAG